AUGAAAGGAAAAAAUGAAUUUAUAAUAUCUAUUAAAAUUAUUCGCAUAUUAUCUAAAUAUUUUUUUAACACAUUCAAUGCUGAUAAUACUUAUAUUACAAGAACAGAGCGUUUACUGGCUAAAAAUAUAUUCCAAAGAAAAUAUGAACGAGAAGAUUUAAAAGUUAAUUUAAAACUUUUUAACCCAAAAUAUACUAUAAACAAUGGUUCGCAUAAAAUAGCCUCUAUAUACAAAGAUAUGAAAUUGCUGGAUGAAUGUAUUGAAGAAUUAUUAUUAGAUAUACCUGAAAAAUUAGAUAAACAUGUAGUAAAAGAAAAAAUAACGAAUAAAACGUUAGAAAGAGUCAUAUUUAAAGAUUACCCUAAAUUGCAUGUUAUUCCAUUAAGUAGAAGAAUUGCUAAUAUAUUGUAUGAUUAUACUGGGAAAAAAAUACAUGAGAUUGCUGUUCAUUCUAUACAUUAUUCUUUAGUUAUUAUUUUAACACAUAAAUGCAAUUCAAAUAUAUACGGUAAAUAUAUAGAGUUAAAUAAUGUAGCAUUUCUUACUAUAGUUGUUAUAUGUUUAUCACAAAUAUUAUAUAAUAUUGGAAAAUUUGAUUUUUUAAAAAAAUAUGAGACUCCUGAAAUGAGAGAAAAAGAAUUAGCCAAGGAAAAAAAAAGGGAAAUUAAAAAAAAGAGAGAACAGGAUGUAUUAAAAUAUAAAGAAAUAGAAAAAAAUGGAAUAGACGAUUUGGACACUUACAUGAGGUACUAUAAGCAAAGAUAUUAUAGUAGGAAAGGAUUAGGAAGAUUUGACAGCUACUGUGAAAAAUAUAUAUUCGAUAAGAUUGAUAAAAUAGAUAAAAUAGCUGAAAGUAGUAAUAAUGAAAAUAGAAGACUGAAAAAAAAAAUUUGUAUGAGUUAUGGACUCUAUGGUACAAUUUUUUGUCUAUUUCAAUUAUCUGGAUUAAUUUAUCCUUUAAUAAGUAAGAUAGACUCUACAGGAAGUCCAAGUACAAAUAUUAUUUCUGCUUUAUUUAGAACAUUUGGUGAUUGGCUUAUUAUGGAUGUAAUUUAUGAUUAUCAAUUUUAUGCCACAUUUAUAAUAAUAUUAUCAAUUUUAAUUUUGGUACCCAUUAUUUAUAUAAUGAUAAAAGUUGUAAAAAAUGAACGUUUAAGAGCAAGGAAAUGUAAAAUGAAUUUUAAGGAAUAUUGUGCCUUUUGCAAAGAAGGUUUAGAAUUUAAUAUAUACCUUAAUGUUAUUAUAUUUAUAUAUUUUAUAUUAGGAUUUGUUCUAUAUCUUUAA